AUGCCAGACACUAGAGACUACACCAACUUCACUUGGGUGCAUUUUUAUGCUGGAAAUAUUGGUGAGGAAGGAGCUUACAAUUUAUUAUUGACAGCGAGCACCUUUGUUUCUCCUCCAUCCUGCCGACUCCCGACAAAAGAGAGUUACGUGUCCUCGCGGCGUACGUUAGCAAAGCCCACACCCGGCGUACACGUGUGCAGCCAAUCAAACAGAACAGAGUUGAUCCCUGAAAGUAAAAAGUUCCCUUUCAGAUUUCUCGCGCUAGUUUCAAUCCCCUGCCCCGCCAACCCAUCAUACGAACUCCGGCCUCCGAAAAUCUCUGGCGUCUUCCGCAAAAUCAACGGUCCUGAUUUCUGGCUCGCGGACUCAUCAGAGAAAAAGAUAGUGGAGGAUCGUUACCGCGGAGACUUUGAGAGUGGAAGGGAUGAAAGAAACUCGUUAGAGAUGGGCCCCACCCCCACUGGAUAUAUAUUUAUAUAA